AUGAUGGGCGAAGCAGAUGGGACGUCAUCGUGCGGAGUGCUGCACCUCGUCCUGCUGCCGGCGGAGAUUCUACAUCACAUAUUCUCGGGGCUCGAUGCUCGCGACCUCGGACGUCUCCCCCGCACGUGUCGAUUCCUGCACGACUUUGUAAAGGGGAACGAAAAACUUUGCAAAGAUGUGUACCUGAACACCCUCGACAAACCUGCCCAGGGUGACCCGAAUUUGGAUUGGGAAAGGGAGCUGCAUGAUUUUGUCAGACUUGGCCUCCUCUGCACCGACGAGAAAGUGAACGAACAGGUGAGACGGACGCUUUUUCUCAGUGACCGCUCCGAUCAAACUCCACCCAGAGGACUCAUCCGCACAAUGUGUGCUAGGCUCAUGAACUGCCAUUCGCUUCUCAAGCAUGCGUCGCCGACGGGCGAGGCACAGAACGACGCCGGCACUCACGCGGCGUCCCGCAACGCCGCCGCCCUCGCUAAUAUGUUCCGCGAGGAGCCCGCGCGCGUGACCUUCAUGACCCGCUCCUUCAUCUACGAGCGCGCCCGCGGCGAGGGGAAGCUGCUGCAGCUCCCGUCCACGCCCAGCGAGACGCACCAACAGAGCGCCAAGCUGCACUGUCUGUCCGGGCGGCCGCUCCUCAACUACGGUCGCACGAGAUCGACGCGCGUGUACCCCUACGCCGCGGCCAAGGUGUACGAUCUGCGGCAGAACACGACCCGGACCGAGUGGGGCCCGUUCCUGGAGGACGGCUCGGGGAGGGUGGAUUGGGAAAAGGUCGAGGCCGUGAUGAUUGUGCUGGGGAGAAACAUCCGGGGGCAGAAGCUGACGGCCAAGGUGUUUGCGGACUUGUGGGAGAGGUCGUUUGCCGGGUCGUGGGCGAGGAGCUAUGUGCCGUCGCCGAACCGUGGGAUCCGGGACCUGGAUCUGCAGGAUCCGUAUGACGUUGCCGGGACGUGGCUGAGAGUGGUGUGCUUCGUCGACUACAACGACUUUUACAACUUUAACUUCCCCGGUGACGACCAGAUGCCGCGCGAGGUCCCACGGCCCCCGCUCGACGUCGGCGAGGCGACACGCAUCAUCGUCAUGAAGGUUCAUGUCACCGACGUACAGCCGCCUGGCGAGGACGACGGCAAGGAACUGCCGGUGGUGCACUUUUACGGGGUCUCGCGGUCGGUGGACGACUCAUGGGACGAGAACGCCAACUCUAACCUCCAAGGCACCGUACGACUAACGAAGGAGGGCGAGGUGAGGUGGACCACAUUCUCCGUCUUCAACGGCCACGUACGGUGGCGGAGCGAGGGGAUCCAGAUCGGGGGCGUCGGAUCGGCCCGCGGCGUCAUGGGACACUGGUUUGACAAUGACUACGACCCCCACGGACCCUGCGGCCCCAGCGCCUUCUUCAAGGUAUCUGACCGGGCCCCGAGCCCUAAGGAGGAUGACGAUAAAAGGAUCACGUUUGAGGAUUUUAUGCCCAUCGUGGACUUUGACGCGGAGCUGGUGGGCGACUCGGACGACGAGGACUACGUGGUGGGCGAGUGGGGGGAGGACGACGGGGCGGAGGAGGAAGAAGAGGAGGAGGAGGAGGAUGUGAGCGAGGAGGAACUGAUGCGGGACCUGAUGGCGUUGACGGCUCCGGAUCCGGACCUCAUAAACCUCUUGUUUCAUGGACAUCACCUGGUUGAUCAGUGA